AUGAAAAGUAUUGAUAAGGCAUCGAAUGGCCUUUCAAAGAGACAUCGACCGAAUACUACUGCUACUAGAGCUGAUACUUCGGACACCAAAAAGGGGUCUCUCCUCACUUCACGACAAUCACGGCAACGAGAAAUAAGACAUGAAAGACUACGAAAGGAACGGCAGAGAGAUAACCUACUCAUGGUGGCGACGAUUUUUGUCUUUAUUUUGGUCGUUGCUUUCUCUGUUAUUCUGUAUCAUGUUUGGAAGUCACAAGGACAACCAACGUUUGGGUUGAAUUAUUAUUAUGCCAAUAAUACUACUAUAAAGACCAACCACGAUGCCAAUAACCAAAAAUCCAAUCCAAAGCAGAAAGUGCCGCCUCCAUCCAGGCGCCAAUCUAGCCCACAAUCAUCGCCCGAGUCAAGAAAUAAAGAAAAGGAAAGGAUAACCAGGUUAUUGAAGGAGCUAGAAACAUUGGAUCAGGCAAUAGUGGGUGACAAGAUUUCCAGAAGCGACAUUCUGUUGAACCCAGAUUUGCUAUUGUUUCGCAAUGGCACCAUCAAUGAACGACAUUGGAAAGGGAAAUCGUCGGAUGAUAAGCCUGUGGAUUCAUCGGAUGGCGAGUUUUUCAAAUUGUCUCGUCUCUUUGAUACCUUUCCCUGGGAGCAAGACGAAGAUAUGAGCAACCGAAAGAUUUACAAAGAUGCCAACUCCGAUCCAUAUACUGGAAAGCCAUACAUGGAUUACACCAAUCCAUUGCUCUAUAUAUAUCCCUCAUUUCGUACCAUAGAAGAAAGCAAGCAAGGUUAUCCACGCCUGUCAACCUUGCAAGAGAUCUUCUCGGCGUGGCCUCAAGAUGAAAUCGAUCGUCCACGACCGGCACUAGAACCGAUCCGAGAAACCCUUCAGCAUUUUGAUUACACCAAUGCUGACGAACUUUACGAGGCGUGGAAUUUCAUGGACCAACAGCUACCCUUCAAAUUGACAAAUGUCACAGAGCUUUUGGAGGCAAAUCUCAAGUGGACCGAUGCCUAUGUGGCCGAACAGUUUCAAAGUCGUUCGGCCAAAGGAAACUGCCAAGAAUCUCCCACUAGCUUUUUUGCCUUUUACGAUCGGCGAAAGUGGGAGGUAGCCACCAUGGGAUUACCGCCCACUCGCGACAAUGACUUUGGAUUCCGACGAUGGGCCAAGCAUGCUCGCUUUGCCGACCACGAGCGCAUACCAAGUCGACGUCCUCAUUUCUAUUGGCAAGCUGGUGUUCCCAAGGAGGAACGGUACCAACCCAAGGAUACUUGGUCAUUUCUGAGUCUGGACUUGCCCUCGUUUUCUGCCACCGAACCGAAUACCACCAUUCUGUGUCCAGAUCCAGCCCAAUCCAAAGGAAUUCAGUGUCGGUUUGGUGAACGUGGGGUCACUGCUGCCAAUCACUUUGAUGGUGGUCAGAACAUGGUAGGAAUGAUCACUGGAGCAAAACGUUAUAUCUUGAGUCCACCCAAUCAAUGCAGCAAAUUGGGCAUUCAUACGGAACGAGGAACAGCGCUUUACCGUCAUUCCCUUUUGAAUUUGGAACGACUGCCCUUUUCGGAUAGUAGUAGCGUGACAUCCGACUUGGAGCGUGAGUGGUUGGAACAAGCCAAGAGUGCCCAAGCUGUGGAAACAGUACUCAAGGCAGGAGAGGUACUAUUUAUCCCCUCCCAUUGGUUUCAUUACAUUAUCAGUCUGCAAAAGAAUGCUCAAUGCAAUGUGCGAUCUGGCAUACAUGUGGAGGGCAACGAUCAGUUUGGUGGACAGUAUCACGUUUCCGCAGAAGGUUGUCAGUAG